AGUUAAGUCUUCAGUCAUGGGACGCAAGAAGAUUAACAUUCAAAGAAUCAAUGAUGAGCGCAACAGGCAGGUGACGUUUACGAAACGUAAAUUUGGAUUGAUGAAGAAAGCUUAUGAGCUGAGUGUAUUGUGUGAAUGUGAGAUCGCUCUUAUCAUAUUCAAUUCCAACAACAAACUGCACCAGUACGCCAGCACCGACAUGGACAAGAUACUUCUCAAGUACACGGAGUAUAGUGCCCACGAGAGCCGAACAAACGGAGACAUCAUCGAGAUGAUAAACAGAAGGGAAUUGAAAGGAGAACGCUCUCCCGAUGAUAACGAUCAGAGCCACUACGUUAUCACACCAAAUACCGAACUACAGUACAACCAAAUCAACAAAGAGUUUGAGAAGAUGAUUGGCUGUCAAACUCCUCAGACAGGCACCUCGAUGCUGUCGUCCGGUCUUCACCUGGUCCAGACCCCUGCUCCCCCUCACCUCUCUCCUAAAAACAUCGACCACCGUAACCGUCAAGAGACAGGAUCCCCAGAUGGAGGGAGCAUGCACAACCUCACCUCUCAGUCUCGCUACCUCAAUCAGACUGGCAGUCCGGUUAAAAGUCCCAUCUCUAGACCGGCUAGCGCUCCACCUAAACCUAACCCUAACAAUAACCUUGUCAUGGCCAACAAGCACGCUCCUCAGCCUCUCCGGAGUCAGGAGAAUUCGCUGUCGCCCAGCACAAUGAACAUUAACGCUACUCUUGCUCAAAACAACACUUAUGGUAGUGUCCACUUUCCACCGGAUUACCACAACAUACAGCAGCAGCAAAGUAACGAGAUGCACAACAUCCCAUUCUCCUCUCCUCAACAGCACUACCAUGACCCCUGGCACGGUUCUAGUACUCAACAGCAUACCGUCCAAGCUAACAGACACGACACUAUCAACGGGAAGCUGUCCACACACGACACGGGGGAAACGGACUCGAGCGAGGACGACGACAACAACAACUUCAACAACCCCCACAACAUGCUGUGUCCUCCGGAGAUGACGAGAAUCUUUAAAAACGAGCCGAUAGACCCCAUUGAACAGGAUCAGAAACGGAUCCGCUUUACUUAGCGGCGUCGCAGUAAGCCUGGACAGGGACAGGCUAUAGAAUACGUGCUCGUUCCGCGAUGCAGAAUGAUAAUGUGAAGAAGCAGGCUUUAUUUUUUGGAGUCGGGAGAAAGAGAGAAAGAAAAGAAUUAUCAUUCAUCACACAUUACAUAUUGUCCCCGUGAUAUUCACACUUACACAUGAUUGUACUCGUUGCAAGACAACAAGCACACUCUUGAUGAGCGAAGGUGAUCAACAAAUGUUCGAAUUUUUAAAACAUCCUCCCUGAUAAACGUUUACAAAACUUUAAUGUUUUUAUUGAUUAUACAGAUGCUGGUGAAGGAUUAAAUUAUUUGCCCCGAAACGUUUGGUAAACUGUAUGGUACUAGAAUAUAAUUUGGGUGUACAGUGAUGUGCAAAUUUAUCGGGGCAAGGCCCUCUUCAAUUCUUGAUGUCUCGUUUAAAUGUGUUUAUAUAGAUUAAUUCAUUCUAUUGUUAAACUGCUAUUCUUAGCAUGAUGAUACUUGAGAGCUAUGAUACGAUUGAUUGAUCGUUAGGUUUCAAAAUAUAAUUUACAGAAUAUGUGCAGAUCUAUGCAUAUAGUUUAAUGGAAUGAUUUAUUAACUGUUUUUUAUGAAGAAAAAUAACUUACAUAAUAUUUAAGACUGAUUUUGAUGCUGGAUUUGAAAAGAUUGGAAAUCUUGAUUUGUAGAAAGUUCACAGCAAUGGAUACCGCAAUUUUGCGUCGGGGUUUAAAUCAAAUGGAAACCAAAUUGAACUAGCAUGCUGGAGCUUCGAGUACAUGAUCAAGAUUCCCAAACCGAUUCGAUUGUGAUUAUAUAUUAUAAGAAACCCUUAAGCAAAAGCUAGGACAAGUAAAUUUCGAUACUUAAACAUCGAGAUUUCGGUUUAUUAUCACACCGACAAGAAAUAUACGGCAUGUGAUUUGAGUGAUUAUGAAUGGCUCCCUGCGCUGAUCCAAGUUAGAAACUUAGCGCCUAGACAGGCUCACCUCGAUUUCCGUGGUGUAAUGGCGAAGCAGAUCGUAUCAUAGUGAUCAAUUUCAAUUCCGCCAAUCGUAGAUUGACCACGACUGUUAAGUCUGUCUAGGCGUUAAGUCGGCCGGUUUAAUCGCACAGAGUUAUAUUAUUGGGUUAUAUUGUAUUUUCUGUCACAAUGAGUUUUGCCAUGUAUGUAAACUAUCUCUUUUCGGGUGUGUAAUCUGGAAUAUUUUCCGGAUGUAAAGCCCUGGCUGAUCCGUCUUUAUGUCCGUGUUAUGUGUACAAGAUGCGAACUACAUAUGAUGCUGGCCGUGAGAGAGAGAAGAAAGAUCUUGACAUAAUUAUACCUUGUGUUAAAGAAAUUAUUUUUAACAUUUUGUAAAA